GCCGAGGCGGUGGCGGCGGGGCGAUGGAACCGGCUGAGCUGCAGAACGAGCUAGUGUCAGCCGAGGGCCGGAACCGGAAGGCGGUGCUGUGCCAGCGUUGCGGCUCUCGGGUGCUGCAGCCGGGGACAGCGCUCUUCUCUCGCCGACAGCUUUUCCUGCCCUCCAUGAGAAAGAAGCCAGCUCUGGCCGAUGGCGGCAGUGCUGAUGGUGACCUCCUCCAGGAGCACUGGCUGGUCAGUGACAUGUUCGUGUUUGAGAACGUGGGCUUCACCAAGGACGUGGGCAACGUCAAGUUUCUGGUCUGCGCCGACUGUGAGAUUGGACCCAUUGGCUGGCAUUGCCUAGAUGAUAAGAACAGCUUCUACGUGGCCUUGGAGCGAGUUUCCCACGAGUAGCUGAGGGACGGGGGCUUGGCUCCACCCCAGCUGUAAAGCUGUCCCCACGAGAACCGACCUGGAGCCUGGUGUGUCUGCCGGGCUGGCAGUCUUCUUGGUACUGAUAUAACUGAUGAGCACCGAUGCCCUGAGCGUGCAGAGGGCCAGGCCUGCUUCUUUUAGGCCGUCAGUGCAUGCCUCCCGAUAGUCCUCUCUGCAUCACAUGUCCUAAAUCCUUCCCCGUUUUCGAACAUGGAAGAACAUGCAAGUACUCUACAAGUGUAAUGUGGUCCCUGGCCCUCCUCCUUCACACCCUCACCCAGGGCUCCCUUCUUCCUGCUCAACAAGAACAAGCAGUCAUCUUAGCCACAGUGACAGGAAAAAGGAUGCUCACUGGCUAAUAGAUGAAACGCCGCCUUCUCUCGUUCAAGAAGCCAGGGGUAAUAGGGUACACAACUGUACUCUUAGCUCUUAAGGGGUGGAAGCAGGAAGAUCAGGAGUUCAAGGCCAUCCUCAGCUACAUAGGGAAUUCUAAGCCAGCCUGGGCUUAGAAUAAAGCAUACAAAGUAUUUGAGAGUAACAUCGUUGUAUGUGACCUUGUAAUUUAUUUUUUUUUUAAAGUAGAACAUUUACAAAUGUCAGUAUUUUACUAAGAAACACAUUACUUGAGACACAUUUUCAAUACCAUAUUUGAGAGCCUUUGUUCUAGGUUUAUAGUGGAUUUGUCCUGAAGAUGAGUGUGACCCUUCUUCCCUUGGAUCUUGAUCAGGUUUCUCUCUUCAGUCUCCUCCAUGCUGCAGUCUGCACUGUCAGCUCUGGGGAAGCUCAACUGCAGCUGUUUACAAGGCUCUGUUGGAAUCAUGGUGGAUGGAAGAUACACAAGGGAUAGGCCUGAGCCGAAUCACACCUGGGCUUAUUAGGAACGACUUCUUUAAUGAAUACUAUCACCAUAGGUUAAAUAUAGGUUGCUAAGGUCCUUGUGAUUUUGGUUCACUUGGACUAUACCAACCCAGAAUGCAAACCCUGUCUACCGAGAUGUCUAUUUUUAUGGGACUGGUGUCACCUUUCCUUACUAGCCAACUUAAAUCUUCAACAUGAUCUCCAGUUGCUUGGUCAUUUCUUUUCUGGAGUGACUCAGUAGCUGAAAGGGACUCUUUAUAAACAGACUCAAAUACUUUGCUAGCAUCCCUUCCUCUGGAAGCCUAAAAUUGAAAUGUGGACUAGGUAGAGACCUUAUUAUUCCUCAUAACAACACUGCUUAGGAAGUGGAGGGGGAUCAGGAGUUCAGGGUAAGCCUGUACUAUGUGAGAUCUUGUCUCAAACAGGAACUGGAAAGAUAGUUCAGCAGUUAAGAAUGUUUGAUGCUCUUUCAGGGGACCUAAGUUCAAUUCCUAGCACCCACAUUGGUUCAUAGCUGCCUGUAACUCCAGUUCAAGGGGAUCUGUACCUUGUGGUCUCUGAGGUUGCUUGCACAUGUGUGGUGCAUACAGACAAGCAGGAACAUACACAUACAAAUAGGUAAAUAAAUAUUUCACAAAAUAAAAACAAAAGCUUGUUCCUUGGCAUCUGUUUUCUGGCUGUUCUUCCCUAACUGAAGCUUUUAAGGGCUCCCUCUCUCUCUGGUUUUGGUUUUUCGAGACAAGAUUUCUCUGUGUAGCCCUAGCUGUCCUGGAACUCAUUCUGUAAACAAGGCUGACCUCAAAUUCAGAGAUCUACCUGCCUCUGCCUCCCAAGUGCUGAGAUUAAAGGCUUAAGGGCUUUCUUUUAAAGUAAAGGCCUUGGGCACAAUUUUGCCAGCACCCUACUCACUAUCUUCCCCACUCAAGAGUCUGAAUGGGCUCUAGCAGCAGAGAAGAGACCAUGUUUUCCAGACAGGCAAGCACGCCUGAGUAUGACAGGAAGACAGCUGAGACUGCCCUGCCUGGGUCAAAAGGAACAAAACAAACAGAUGCCUGAAGGAACACAACUCGCUUCACAAGUCAAAAACCUGAACUAAACUAGGCUUUUAAUUCCCACCCCCUUUUUAAAUCACAGAAAUAAUACGUGUUCAUUGUAUUGUAAGAAUCGGUAUAAAUUUCUAAUUAACUCACACUUCCAUCGGCCAGAGCUUGCCAGUGGUAAUUCAUUUAUCCUUAGUGUCUUUGUAUAUGUAUAUGCAAAUGUAGUUUUCUAAACAAAUAUGAGAUCUUAAUGUACUCUUUUAUAACUUGUUAUUUUCUGUGUUACAAAAUAGGGAGCAUUUUUCUUGUCAGCAGACAUCCUGCCAUGCACACUCUUGCUAAUGUUCUAUUGUGUUGCUGGCCUAUAAUUUCAAUAAUCCACUGUUGUGUUGCCUACAGUUGCUCAGAACGACGACACAACAUGCAAGGGUACUGAUUGUGUAUUUCCAUCCUUCCUUGGCUUGCAUUACAGAAGUGGAAUUGCAGGGUAGGCAUGCUGUCAAGGCUUUGCGGUAUGGACACAUUCUUCAAAGCAGCCUUACCAGUGUGCCCUCCCUUCAGCAGUGUGAAAGAGCACUCAUUUUCUGCUCCCUUACUAAGAACACUGGGCAUUUUAAUCAUUUAAAAAAAAAAAUGCCACUUUUCAUUUUUUAAAGUAUCUUAUUGUUUUAUUCUUAUUUCUGGUAAAAAUUUUCUAUUCCUGCUGACUGUGUUCUUGGUUUGUUUGGGUUUUUUUAGGGGGUGGGGUGGGGGGUGCUGGUUCUUUGAGACAAGGUCUCCCUAUGUAGGUUUGACUAACCUGCAACUUGCUGUAUAUACCAAGCUGAUUUCAAACUCAUUUCAUUUUUUGAGAACUGCCAAACAGUAUUUACCCAGCGACCAAAACACCUGAACUAGUGUUCUGCCUUCUCAGUUUGAUGUGAAAGAAAUAAAGUCAUUUAAAC